UAAUGUCCUAUUUCGUAUAUAAGUCAACGAUCAUUGACCAAUAUUGUAAUAGACAACUGUGAGUUAGUGACAUCAAGUCGUGCUAGUGACCGAAUUACAGAACAAGAUGAAGGUCCUCCUACUAGCCUGUAUGCUGGCGUGCGCAGGAGUGGUUCUCGGGAGACGAGUCCCUCGCGCGUACACAGACAUCUACGACAGUAUUGACAUCAACACAGUGCUGUCCAACCGGCGGUUACUGGUGCCUUAUGUGCUCUGUGUCCUAGAGGAAGGCAAAUGCACCCCUCCAGGCAAGGAGCUGAAGUCCCACAUCAAAGAAGCGCUAGAGACCCACUGCGGCCAGUGCACUGAGAACCAGAAACGAGGAUCCCGGCAGGUCAUCGCCCAUCUCAUCAACCACGAACCUGAGUACUGGAAGAAGCUCACCAACAAGUACGACCCAACUGGCAAAUUCACCAAGAUGUACGAAAACGAACUCAGGGCGCACGUGUAGAGACGAUGACGUUCCCCUUUUGGAAGACAUUCUCUGAGGAAUGCUAGGAGUUGAUAACAUGAGCUGGUGCCAGAUAGUCAACAAGAGAG